UUCUAGUGAUCAGUCGGAUGGUAACUAUUGGCGUUAACAGUCCAAUCCUUUUGCACUAAGUCAUUCAACCAUGACUUCACAAUGGAUAACCAACCAUAAUAGAUCAUUGUUGCUCGAAUAGGAGAGCGGGUUCACGGCGAACUUGAAACUGCACUCGAAGUUCAAACGUUAAAUUAUGUGCAACACAUCGAUACACGAUCACACGUUCGAGUAAAGAAAACCAAACAGGAACGAGCAGCUUUAAGGUUCGACUUCUAUUAGGCCUACUGUAUCUGGAUAAGAAUUAUCGUUGAUGAAUGGUUUGAAGCAGUGGCGUUAUAUAUACUGGGAGCUUUGAAGAAAGACAGGAUAAGACAACCGGUAUAGCGACAAGAUGGAGGACGGUGACUGGGAAUUCUACGGUGGGAGCUGGAUAGCGAGCUUCUUUGAUGAGUACAGUUACUAUGGCAACUACAGUGAAUAUGAGUAUAUCAGCCAUGACGUGGUUUUCGAAGACGCGAAAGCCUACCUCAUCAUGUAUAUAUUGACGAUCGUGAUAUCAUUUCCCGGAAACCUGUGCAUCGUGCUGUCUGUUUGGCGCAACAAAGCUCUGAAUGCCGCCGUCUGGUACAUGCUUGGUGCCAUUUCGUUAUCACUGACCAUUCAGAAUAUUACGAUCCCUUUCUUUAUAGUCCAUGUAAUAAAAGUUUCAUGGACUUUUGGACCGGCUCUCUGCAGAUUUCUUCCGUUUGUCCACAUGAUGACGAUUACUUUCACGUGCAUAAGUUUGGCUGCAAUGUGCAUCAUAAGGCUACUGUCGCAUAGUGUGAUGAAGCGUAGUUUCAGGGAGCACCCAAAGUAUAAAUCAGCUAUCGGUGUCGGCAUCAUCGCCGUUAUUUCCCUCGUUUUCUGUAUUCCGACGGCAAUUUUCCAUAGUGUUGAUAACUAUUACGGGCACAAAUUCUGCGGACCAAAGUUUCCAACUUGGCGUUCGCAGAUCACGUGGCAUACAUUCCAUUUCAUAGUAUCAUUUGCCGUACCGUUUAUUAUUUUAUGGUUAGUCAACCCUCUGAUGUAUUUUUACCGUCGUAAAUUCUUCUCGGCGAUGUCAACGGAAACGGUCUCUUACGUACGGCAAUAUGAUGAGGCACAGCCGUUCAACUCCAAUAAUCAGUCGGAAAAUGGCGACAUACGUCUCAAUGAGUGCGGCAACACGAAUAGCAGCAACGGUCAUGCGGUGCUAAAAGAUGACUUCUCUUUCAUUGUAGGAACCAUAGACGUGAAUUCAAAUGUGAAGAGCGAAAAUCAGGUGACUUCUCUGCUGUUUAUGCUGGCUUUAUCGUUCACUCUACUGCUUGGCCCAAUGGAUAUUAUAGUUACCGUGCACUACUUUGGUGCUAUCCAAUUCACUGAGACCGUGUACAAGAUGUUAAUGGUGGCUCACAUACUUCAUAUCUUCUUUCCUGCUUCCAUACCUUUGAUAAGCUUCGCAGUUUCUACACCACUUCGUCAGGGAAUCAUCAAACCGAUUCGUAACGCAUUCCCUACAAAUAUUCUAUACACAAAAGUAUAAAUAUUAUGGUAAAUGGACCUUUGCGCUAAGCCCCGCCCCUUCGAUACUGUUGCUAAGGUUCACAAAACGUCACAAAACGUCAGUGUAAAAACAUACCGUACGUAAAGAUGUGCGUUUUUGGGAUCGAAAGCUUUGCGCGAGACACGCGCGUGUUUUUGGCCCUUUACUGGUUGGUCAGUUGCCAGGUUUGAUGGCACCCCGGAAAGGUAAAUUAACCCAGUUAAUAAUCCGUCUUAUGUCUGCUUUUGCUAAUAAUGUCUGCAAUUAAAUAAUAACACGUUAGUGUAAUUCUACUUGGUACCUUAGUCGUCUGAAUGCAAAUAUUUGUAACACUUAUUUGGUUUGGUAGAACAAUAUGUGCCAUAAUACAUUAGAAUAGACAUUUUUUCAGACAAAUAUAUUUCGUUGAACAGUUUAUCGGUUUAUAUAUUUGUAUCGUAAGUUAGGAAAUGACAAUCCGUUAGUAACAUAAAAAAAUUCAGACCCUACUAGUAUCUAAUUAAUUUCGCGUUGUUGUCCAGGCUCCUGGCAAGGUAUUUUAAGGUAAAGCCAAAUUGUCGAUUUUUAGCUGCCUAAAGUGAUCAUAAAAUUGAGUUUGCUUGAGGAGAUGUACAUGUACUAUAAUUACUAAUUAGACAAAGAUGUAGGAAUUUUGUCCAAAUGAUGUUUCCAGUAUUGUAUAUAGAGGGCGCCACAACGGUUAUCGUUGUGGAAGUGGUAGAGAGUUUUUCCGCACAGCUGCAAUUGCGAUGGAUAUUAAUAUUCAUGAGUUAAUGCGACACACUGAAAUCAAUCCAAAACCUUUCGGAACUAUUAACUGAUGGACUUAUAAUACCAGUUUAUUGCUGAUAUUUUGAGUUAUGUCACAAACACUUUUUUAUAUAAAUGUUAUUAUUCCUUAGUUAUUUAUUACGGUAUAUAAUACAUACAACUAUUAUAAUAGAUGGCGUGGUUUAUUUCACUAAUGUACUUUAUUGGUAUGUGUAACGUUGUACUUAAUGAAUUUAGUGUCACAUAAUAUUUAAUAACCAAAUGUGUUUGUGUCUGAUAGAUAUCGACUUAUGAGAGUAUACCAAUUGAAAUAGAAAUGUUAUCCUCUUAAUACAGUUUUUUGUACAGUAAAUACAUUUGAAUAAAAUUAAAGCAAUUGA